AGUAUUUUUGAAGUUUAUCUGUAAUAUAUAGUAUAUACAGGUCUGCUAAUUAGUAAAUACGAGUGUUCAUCUACGUAUCAGAAAGCAUUUUAUGCAUGAUGGUGACUUCUCUCACUUUGUUUUUGUACACAGCUUAUAGUUAUAAAAAUAACAACCUGUUUUCUUUUGUCCAAUACUAGGUUUGAAAUGUGCAAUUUCAUCAACAGGAGAAAUGUGCGAGCUUUAUUGAAGAAGUACAGUGAUUCAAAGCUAAGUUGGGACGAAUUUCAAGAAUUAAAAUCUGAAAUAUCUUCAAAGGGGCUUAGGACUCUACUUGAAUGGUUAGAGAAACAAGGAUUUAUCACUAGUUGUCCAAACUCGUGCAGAAGGUUAUUGGCAGCAUUGGCUUCUGACAAACCAGUAUGCGCAAUUGUGCCCCCCAAAGAAGAAGUUUUGAACCUCUUGAUAAGGAUGUCUGAUGGAGCCAAUCCAAAAGACAAUCCUUCGACUGAUUUAAAACUUCUUCAUGAAGAAGUGCCCCUACUGUUUAACGUCGUUGAGGCUAGCGAAGAAAUUCCUAUUACUAUUCAACCGCUGCUAAAGGAAUUGGUACAAACGGCUAUAAGUCCGUUCGAGGUCAAGGACGGUCAGUGGCGUUUGCCACACAACUUACCUGUGGUGUCUCAAAAUUCGUCCCAUGGAUAUGUACCUUGUCUGCCAGAACUGGUUCAAACACAGCAGGGAGAUUGUGCCAAAGUCACUAGACCCAAGAAGAAGCAUGGCACUUUGAUCCCUGUAAUAUUUUGUAUUCUUUGUCCCCAUGGUAUUUACCGUGGGGACAAACAAAUCCAUCUGACAAAAUGGUGUCAAAUCGAGUCCAGAGACAACCAACGUAGUUGUAAUGAAGGUAAAUGGUCAUAA